GAAUUGUGUUGUGACUUGUGACAUGUGAAUCAAGUUUUACUUGCUAUGAUUGUGAUAUGAUAUUGUGCAAUAUAAAUAGAUUUGUUAAUUUAUUUAGACCUAUUUGCUUGAAAAAGUAAGUGAUAUAAUAAAAUUCAACAUAUUUAUGAAGCGCAUUGUUCAUUGUCUUUUACAUUGACCUUAAUGGAUUAAUUCAGUUAAAGCAUUUCUAACCUUGUAAAAGCACGUUGGUUGUUCCCAUUUUCACCGGCGUAGGCUAGUUUACUCUACAAGUAUUCUUCACUUGGAUAUAGAAAAAUGUCUCUUCUGCACAUAGAAGACUUCAGUGAUGAAGAAUUCGAUAAGUUUCUUAAUUCUUUUGAUACAGUUUUGACUGAUUGUGAUGGUGUGUUAUGGGUGGAUAAUAAUCCACUCCCAGGCUCAGUGGAAGUAAUGAACCGGUUGAAAGAUAUGGGCAAAAAUAUUUUCUACAUCACAAAUAACAGUACAAGAACAAGAGAUGAGUUCGUUAUCAAGUUCAGAAAGCUAGGAUUCAAUGUUGAAAAGAAAGAAAUUAUAAGUACAGCUUACCUAACAGCACUGUAUCUGUCAGAGAUAGGAUUCAAUAAGAAAGUAUACAUCAUCGGUACAAAAGGUAUUUCACAAGAACUGGAUCAAGUGGGCAUAAAGCAUUUUGGAGUAGGGCCAGAUGUGCUGGAGGCGGACAUGGCGACCCUGGUGGCGGGGGUGGAGCUGGACGAGGAGGUGGGGGCGGUAGUGGUGGGCUUUGACGAGCACUUCAGUGUGCCCAAGGCGUUGAAGGCCGCCUCCUACCUCAAUGACCCCGACUGCCUCUUCAUCGCCACCAACACCGACGAACGUUUCCCCUUCAGCUCAAGGCUCAUUGUUCCAGGCACUGGUACAUUUGUGAAUGCAGUUAGUACGUGUGCUGAGAGGUUACCAUUCAUUAUCGGCAAGCCAGCUAAAUAUAUCUGUGAUGCUAUAGUGAAAGGGAAUGGACUCGACCCAGCAAGGUCGCUCAUGAUUGGAGACAGGUGCAACACUGAUAUCCUAUUUGGAAAAAGAUGUGGCUUUCAGACACUAUUGGUGUUAUCGGGCGUGACGUCAUUUCCCCAAGUCUCUGAAUGGAAGCUAUCAAAUGAUGAGACCAGGGUGGAUUGGAUUCCUGAUAUGUAUGCUGAAAAUCUUGGACGUCUUCUUAGAAGAUUGAAAUAAUGACAGGAAUACAGGUAUUUCUAUGUUUUGACUGCGAUGAUGGCUGAUUGCAAUUUGUUGGAUCUUGAUUCAGUCAAUCAAAUAGGCUAGUCUUCUAUCACGUUAAGGUAUCACGUUCAUUUGUGAAAGCUUUAUCUCUUACAUUGUUCAAAACAAAGUAAAACUGUUGUUAUUAGUAAUUUUAGUAACAAUUGUAAUAAUAUUAGUUAUAAACUAAUUUGUUUUUAACGUUUCAUGUAUCAAAUGAUAAUUGUAAUAUAAUAUUUCUAAGAUAAGUUUACUUUUCGAUACUAUAAAAAGCUAGCAUUCUUUACAAAAUUACAUUUGUAUGAACCUGCACUUGAAAAGUGUACUUAUGAUCAUUUAUAUACAGAUUAUUUACCAAUAUAUUGUUUAUCAAAUGACAUAUUAUGCCUACUCCAUUUUUCAGAAUAUCUAUUCUAGAGAAAUUUAUUCCAGUUUUAAAUAACUCAAAAUAAUUCAAAUAGGGUCAUUCUUCAAAUUAUUGAAGCUUGAUAUUUCAAUUCAUUGAUAGGUGACAUGAAAGGCAUGGAACAAUAUCACUGUUAUAAUACUUUGUUAAAUGAGUCGCAUAGAUUUCUCUAGCUUGGUGAUGGAUGAGGUAAAACUUCGAAAACGUUUUCCAUCAAUUAUUUGAUUAUCUAUAAGUUCAGUUCACAACAUUAAAAAAAUUCAAUUCAUUGGUGUGUAAUUUCAAGCAUCUUUGAGGUGAACGUAUUUACUUCAAUUGAUAAUUUUAAUCUAUUACUAAAAUUUUCUUUUUUUCAUUUAUUAUCGCUUAUUCAUUUCUCAAGAACGAAACUAUUGUUAGUGUGAUAAGUUCUUGACUGUUGAAAAAUCCCAUUUUGAAAAGAAUAUCACGUUUACCUUGUUCAGAGUGACAAUAUUUCCAUUAUCAUACUCCCCGAAACAUUUUGACUUCAUCGGCCAUGGCAUUCUCGUUCUUAAGAGUCAAUUUGAUUACUUUGAUUUUGAGAGCUUAAUUACUUUGAUCUCCAGAGCUUAUCGUUUUGUAGGUUCAGUUUUGGCUUUGGCUUUGAUGAUUCAGCCAUAUUCUCAAAAUAAUGAACUCUAUUAUUGUAACACAUCUAUUUGUUAUAAUAUACUUAUAAAAAAUAUUUUAAAACUCUGUGGCUCUAUUGUGGAAAAGUGCUUUAUGAAGCUGAAGAAUUCCAUGUAAUUGCAAUAAUAUUAGCUGUUGCAAGUAAUAGUUUUCUAAUCUAUUCUUAAUAUGCUUUGAGGAAAAAUACAGGAGAGCAUUAUCCACCAUUUCACAUCUGUUACAUUGCAAAUAGUCUAUUGUACAAAUUGACUUACACUACUCUCAUCUGCACGUUAGUGGCUCACAAUGAUUGAUCCACCCGGCCCUGUUUCUGCAGCAGUAGCACCCUAUUCACACUUAGUUGUACUAACUUCUACCUCUUCAGUCCUGGCAGGCUGCGGGGGUUGUCACAAUUUCAGAAAUCAUUCCCUAAGGGUGAAGAUGUAUGUGAACGUAUUCCUUGAUGUUGUAGUAUCGUCUGUCCGUAGGGUUAUGCCUUAUGACUUAUGACUACUACUGCUCUUAUUGAAUUGGUCGUAUUUCAUUGAUGCUUGUGUGUUAAGCCGAGUCCCAGGCUAUCAAAGGUACUACAUAAAUGGCAAGUGAUAGGCAACAAAGAUGGAUUCCUGUCUGAGAUGAUGCACAUCUUAGGGAUUGCAAUUGCUGCAGACUAUAAUUAUUGGGGAAUGCAUGAGGAACACCUGCUGUGCAUAUAUGUGUUUUGAAGAUUUAUGAAAUUUUAUUUGAACAUACUGGUGAUGUUUAAAGAGAUAGCUGUCCAUGAGUACGUUUUCAAUAGCUUUAUUACUGUACUUUUAAGAUAACAUUCAUUAUCACUAAUCUUGGUUUCACUAACCUUGGUCAGGAUUUCCUGGAUGUUCCUUCCAGCCGGUUAGCUUCAGAAGGUGUGAGGGGCCGAAGCCCAGAAAUUCUCGGAUACAGGAGCCGACUCCUGUAUCCACCUUCCACCCCUGCAGUAUAUAGACCCAAAGGCCUCUCCUGCAGAACUUGCAACUCUCCCGCGCGUGCGAGCUGCUACUGAGACUCAGGCCGCAGUGAUCAGACGCAGAUCAGAACUGAGUUAGCGUAUCAUAGCACCACUCACUGUCCUCGGCCUGUUACAUUUGAAAAUAUUGCCACACAUUACCAAUAAUAUUUUCAACAUAAAAACACAUUUAUCAGUCUACGAAUAUUAUUAUGCUUCAUUUUUCAUAACAUAGGCUAAUAAGGCUACACAAUAUUGCUGUUUUUGAAUGAUAAAAUUUGAAAUUUUGAAACAUUACUUGUGAUCACAGUUCAAUUAGAUGAUUGAUCAAUAUUGUAGAAUUAGUUCGAGAGUAGAGAAUUCAUUGAAGUACAAUAUAUUUCUUUUGAAAAUAAACUUUCUAAACUGAAUUGCGAUUAAGUGAUCAACACAAGGCUAUACUGAAA